AAAACUUCACUUUACUGGAGUUGGAUCCGCAACAGGGGCGAUGCUACUUCGGUGUUUGGCCACAUCGCGCACAAUAAAGACAAAACAGAUCUCACUAAUUUAAUCAAAAGAAGCUAGAAAUGUUUCAUUUAACGCGCUUGUUAAAUAUAGCUAAUAGACCAAAAGGGAUGGACUGGCGGUGGACCGUUUUCACACUGAUUUUAAACGUUCACUUCUCUUACGGGUCUCCGUCUUCUUAUGACUUGUUCCAAAAUUCAGCGCACACUGGAGCGCUCCACAGACACAGAAAUAGAAACUGGUGCGCCUAUGUGAUCCAGAGGAACGUGAGUUGUGUGGUGCAGGGAAGUGCAGGGAGCUUCCAGGAGCCUGUGGUGGCCCCCUGCCCGGCCUACCAGCCCGACUGCCAGCAACAAGUGACAUACCAAACACAUUUUCGACCCACGUACAAGACUGGCUACAAGCUGGUCACAGUGUUGGAAUGGAAAUGCUGUCCUGGUUACAGUGGUCCAAAUUGUAAAGAUUUUAACCCACCGUCAGGGGGACAGACACAUCUUGGACCCCGGUCUCAUCCCCCACCAAAUUCUGGAGUCUCAGCAAGGCAGGCACAGAGGCCAGAGCGGAGGGAGACAGCGCACCAUGAAACCCGACACGGUGUCUCAGAUAAGGUGCGUCUUCUUGAGGGUGAAGUUCAGCGUCUGUCUCAGACAGUUGUGGAUCUGCAGUCGACUCUAAAUGGAUUAACCAAUAACCUCCUCACAGACCUGCAGGACGACUCAAAGAAGAUGCUGUUGACACUUCUAAACAACAUGCAUCCUCAAAAUAAUAACAAUAGUUCGGGUGCAGAGGAAAAUCCAGCGGUGCUAGAUGGCCAUCAGGCCACCAGAGGUGGGAUACCUGGAGAAAAAGCCCUGGAAAAAAUUGAAGCCCGUUUAGAUGAUAUCAGUCAUGCACUUAAAAACAAGGACGAAGCUUUGGAAGACCUAAAGGGAAUCACAACAAGUCACGAGGGACAAAUACGUGUCCUAAUGGAUGCCUCUCAGUCUCAGACCCCAACCAUAGCUGAGUUUGAUGUUAUACAAACCUACGUUGAUGGAAAAUUUGAGAACCUGAAGAAGGAAUUAGACCAGCAGGUGGAGGAACAGAUGGCAAAAUUACAGGGGUUAUGCAAUGAUAAGGUCCAGAUUGUGCAGAAAACCUGUGAAGACAGUCACAAUCAACUUUUUGGUAAAGUGACAAAGCUUGUGGAAGCCAAGGAGGCUGAUCUGAGAAAAGAAAUCCGAACAUUACGUUUGGAAAUGGCAGUUGCGGAUGGGCCGGUACGGACUCAAAGACAGUCGGAAUCACCCAGAGAGGACAACAGCGACCAUAAGGACCUGUGGCGUGAGAUUGACCGCAUAGCAGAGGCCCAUCGAAUCCUCAAUGUUCGCAUGGACAAUGAACUGGCUCAUUUUUCUUCAGUUCAGGACAUUGGUGAUUUAAAUUUGUUGAUUCAAGAGAUGGAGGCGCGCGUAAAUAUUACAGAACAAAACGCAGAAACCCAUUGUUUCUACAUCGAAGAGAAGUUAUCGCAAACAAUAGCAGAUGAAGUGGCUGCACUGCGACUGCUUCUUGAUGAGCGUUUGAAUAACGUGGAGAACCAGUUUACCAACAUACUUGUGGAAAUGAACAACAAUUCCUCCCCAAGAAUAUCUGACUCCUGGAUGAAUGCCACUGAAACUCAAGCCAAUAACAACAAACUCCUCAUCCGUGGUUUGAACAGCAGAGUUAGUAACCUAGAGAAGGUGUGCUCUGCAGGAUGUUCAGGCUCAGAAAAUCCUGCAGGUGAAGGAAAACCUGCACUGACACCUGAUCAUUUAGGGAACAUUUUGACAGACCUGAAGCGAUAUAGAAAUGAUCUGGAUGUUCUUCACACAAUCGUCGGUUCCAACAAAGACAAGCUCAAGCAGUUGGACAGUAUUGUUCAAAGGCAGUCUACUGGAAAUGGGAGGCACGUAAACACAAUGGAGGACUACCAGAAGGGGCUGAUUAAUCUUCAAGAUAAUGUGCUUGGCUUGGCUGGUGCUGUUAAAGGUUUAGGUGAUUCCCUGAGCAAAUACGACCAGGACAUGCAGAAAUUAAACUCAACUUGCUGCCAAGCAGAUCCGAGUAGUCAUGGAGGUCCAUCACAAGUCAACUUGGCUUCGGCUGACUCUACCAGUCAUCAACUGAAUGAGCUGAAUAACAUGUUUGACUCACUAAGUAGGCAACUUUCAUCUGAAGUGAAAAUUUGCAAACAGAACACACAAGGCGUUUCUGAUGGAAUCUCAGCUGUGGAUGGCCGUAUAAGCAGACUUGAAAAGGUUUGCGAGAGGUCAGACGGGGCUAACAUCAAAGGCAUGAAAACUGAGCUGGACACAGAAAUUGGAGAGUUACGGGACCGCGUCCACAGGACGAAUGUCACCUGUGGAAAUCAUGGCGCAGAUAUCAUUGCAUUGCAGAAUUCCAUGCAGAGGCUUCAUGCUCAGAUGUCAACAGUGGCCAAGCAUGUGCUGAAGGACGUCACUGCUAAAGAACCAGGAAUUACCUUAAGAGCAGAAAGUCCUUCCUCUGUGCCUGAUUCAUCUGGGAGCAGAACCAGAAUCAAAGAAAUUCACAUCCCUGUAAUCCUCCCACCUCUGCCGUCCAGCCCCAACACACCUGCACAGCCCAACAUCCACACGAUCAGAAUCACUCCACCAAACCAGCCCUCGGUGCCCCAGCAGCCACGCCUCUCCACUCUGAUGCCCGUUAGACCUGUGUUGGAGACGGGAGAGGCGGGGCCUCCAGGAUACAUGCGCAGGGUCACCGUGCGUAGAGGAUCUGAGGACUCGUCGAGCAAACCUGUCAAUGGGUUUGCCAGGGCGCCAGGCUAUCCUCCUCUGCAGCCUGUGUCUUUGAAACCUCAGCCAGCCAGCCAAAGAGCUCCUCUAACACCAAAGGUGCCCUGGAACCAGAUGUAUCAAGCUUCAGCUGACUCACCUGUUUCAGUGGACGAUGGUAGACCUGCAGACCCGUUCUCCUUCUCUGCUGGCCUCACUCAGCAGCCAGCCUUCAUGAGAGAGUUUGGCGUCAUUCGCUUUAAUAAAGUCCUGGUCAAUGACGGAGGACACUACAGUCCCCACACAGGAACCUUUACCGUACCACACAAUGGCCGAUACUUGAUAUCAGGCCUGCUGACUGCGAAGCUGGGGCACCACAUAGAGGCUGUGCUGUCCGUGUCUAAUCGCAGCAUACACAGGCUUCGGAGCUCAUCUGGACCUGGGGAUUGCCAACAGAAGGCCUCAGCUGGUGGAACCUGCUGCUUUGGAGGAACAGUGUCCUUUAGUCUGAUUCUCCCGCUGAGGAAAGGAGACCGGGUCAGCCUGUGGAGGAUCAAAGGCCAGCUGGCCACAACAGAGUCUGGAGAAAUCCUCUCCACAUAUAACGCCGUCUUCCUGUAUGCAUCGCAGGCCAAAAGCUAGCUGGAGCUCAGUAGAGAGGACUAAAUGUUAAGAGUUUCUGACUGAAUGAGAUGUUGAAGCAUAUUUUUCACUGAUUUAAUGUGAUGCAGCUAUUGAAGGUGCAAUGUCACACUGAAGAUUCACAGUUAAGGGUUCAUCUAAGAAGUUUUACCAGCCUUUAGCGAGAAGGCUAAAUGCUACAGGCAGGGGGUUGUAUCUAAUAUAUUUGAUCAUUAAACUGAUUUUUGUA